CACCAGCCUGCGUCACCAGCAGCAACUCCACAGCACAAAACACACAACAACCACAAAACCAAGGCACAGGACCCAGCACUGGGAAUGGCUCGUUUCGGCAGCGAUGUGUCGGCGCGGUACGGAGGGAGUCCGGCGGGCGGGGGCAGAGGUGGUGCAAGCCGCCAGGGUGGUGGUCCCCAAGCCGGGCAACGAGGCAUGUACGGCUCCAAGUCAAUGGCUCAAAGAGCCCGGACCAUGGCUCUUUACAACCCCAUCCCCGUCCGCCAGAACUGCUGCACAGUCAACAGAUCACUUUUUAUAUUCAGCGAAGACAAUAUCAUCCGGAAAUAUGCCAAACGGAUAACCGAGUGGCCUCCAUUUGAAUACAUGAUAUUAGCGACUAUUAUUGCAAACUGCAUCGUGUUGGCCUUGGAGCAACAUCUUCCAAAUGGAGAUAAGACACCCAUGUCAGAGAGACUGGAUGAUACUGAGCCUUAUUUCAUUGGGAUAUUUUGCUUUGAAGCUGGCAUCAAAAUCAUUGCUCUCGGAUUCGCUUUUCAUAAAGGUUCCUACCUUCGAAAUGGCUGGAAUGUGAUGGAUUUUGUGGUCGUUCUCACCGGGAUUUUGGCCACUGUUGGGACGGACUUUGACCUGCGAACCUUGAGGGCUGUUCGAGUACUACGACCGCUGAAACUAGUGUCAGGAAUUCCAAGUUUGCAAGUUGUAUUAAAGUCGAUAAUGAAGGCAAUGGUGCCACUCCUUCAGAUUGGGCUUCUCCUGUUCUUUGCCAUCGUUAUGUUUGCCAUUAUCGGUCUGGAGUUCUACAUGGGAAAAUUUCACAAAACCUGCUUCAGUGAAGAAACAAAUCAGCCAGUGGAAGAAUUUCCAUGUGGGAUUGCUGCCCCUUCACGAUUGUGUCCGAAUGGAACCAUUUGUAGUGGCUACUGGAAUGGACCCAACUAUGGGAUUACAAAUUUCGACAACAUCCUAUUUGCUGUUCUCACAGUCUUCCAGUGUAUCACCAUGGAAGGGUGGACUGACAUUCUUUACAAUGCUAAUGAUGCCUCGGGGAACACCUGGAACUGGCUCUAUUUCAUCCCUCUGAUCGUCAUUGGAUCUUUCUUCAUGCUCAAUCUUGUUCUGGGUGUGUUGUCAGGCGAGUUUGCAAAGGAAAGGGAAAGGGUGGAGAACAGACGGGCAUUCCUAAAACUAAGAAGACAACAGCAGGUAGAGCAAGAGUUCAACAGGUAUCUGCGUUGGAUCCAUAUAGCUGAGGAGGUCAUGCUGGCAGAAGAGGACAAACAUGCAGAAGACAAGUGUGCCUUGGAUGUUUUGAAGAGAGCAACGACAAAAAAGAGUAAGAAUGACCUGAUAAAUGCUGAGGAGGGAGAAGAUCACUUCACAGACAUUUCCUCAGUGGGACCUGGAGCGGACCCGAAGCCUGCAGCAGUUUCUGUAGAUGACGCCAGCAGCAGGUUUACUCGGCCCAGCCUGAAAAGCGGCAAAAACGAUAGAUCUUCCUAUUUUCGAAGGAAGGAGAAGAGGUUUCGAUUCUUCAUUCGGCGCAUGGUGAAAUCGCAAAGCUUUUAUUGGAUUGUCCUCUGUGUGGUGGGGCUAAACACUCUCUGUGUGGCAAUUGUACACCAUGACCAGCCAUUGUGGCUCACUGAGGCACUAUAUUUUGCUGAGUUUGUUUUCCUUGGGCUUUUUCUGACUGAGAUGUCCUUGAAGAUGUAUGGUCUGGGCCCAAGAAAUUACUUCCAUUCUUCGUUCAACUGUUUUGAUUUUGGGGUAAUAGUCGGCAGUAUAUUUGAAGUCAUCUGGGCGGCUGUCAAACCAGGUACCUCGUUUGGUAUAAGUGUUCUCAGAGCACUUCGAUUACUCAGAAUCUUCAAAGUAACCAAGUACUGGAACUCAUUGCGUAAUCUGGUGGUGUCUCUGCUGAACUCCAUGAAGUCCAUUAUCAGCCUGCUCUUCCUGCUUUUCCUGUUCAUUGUGGUCUUUGCCUUACUUGGAAUGCAACUCUUUGGAGGACAGUUUAAUUUUGAAGAUGGGACCCCUCCAACAAAUUUUGACACAUUUCCUGCUGCGAUUCUGACGGUGUUCCAGGUCCUGACAGGAGAAGAUUGGAACGCGGUUAUGUAUUUUGGAAUUGAAUCACAAGGAGGAGUAAAGAGGGGGAUGUUUUCUUCCAUUUAUUUUAUUAUCUUGACACUGUUUGGUAAUUAUACCCUUCUCAAUGUCUUCUUGGCCAUUGCUGUUGACAACCUGGCAAAUGCACAGGAGCUAACAAAGGAUGAAGAAGAGAUGGAAGAAGCCAAUAUCCAGAAAAAUACCAUUCAAAAGGCAAUGGAGGUUGCGGAUGUCAGCCCAAUAUCUGCGACAAAUUUAUCGAUAGCAGCUUUUGUAAAGCAAAAUCGAGGUGCUCUAUCUCGCAGCUCAUCAGUCUCCAGCGUUAAUUCACCCAAAGAUCAACAGAAGUCGUUCAAGUCCAUGUCCGUUUGGGAACAGAGGACUUCCCAACUGAGGCGUCAGCACCUCCUAACCAGUCAGGAGGCCCUCUUCAAUGAGCUGGAUGAUGAGCAGCGCAGAAUGUAUGUCUCUUCCCAUCAGAUCCGCCCGGAUAUGAAGACCCACCUGGAUCGACCUUUGGUGGUGGAACCCAGGAACAAUGUAAGGAAGGGCAGCGAUAAGAUGCGCCCCAUUGACUGCCAGGACAGUGAGCAAGAGAGGCUGGUGCAGCCCGAGGACUGUGAGGUGCCAAAGCGGCCCCAUCGGCACCGAGACAAGCCGGGGGAGCAGGACAAGGACAAGGGAGACGGUGCCCCGGAGCCGGCAGAGACCGUGGCCCACAGCAAGGAUGAGCAACGGCGUUCCCACAGGAGCCGGAACAAGGAGACGGAGAAAGAGCAGGAAGAGACGGCCAAGGAGGGGAAGGGCGAGCGCAGCAGGAGCCGGGAAGGAGGGCGGAGGCACCACCACCACCCGCAGGGCACGGCGGGCGAGGCCCCCGAGAGGGAGCACAAGCGACACCGGUCCCACCGGCACGGCGGCGAGCAGCAGCACCGGGAGGGCAACGGCACGGCCAACGGCACCAAGGCCGAGAGGCGCAGCCGGGCCAAGGACGGCUCGCGCUCCAGCACGCGGGAGAGCGACGCACCCGCCAAAGGCCAGAAUGCGGAGGGAGCAGAGAGGCGGCGUAGGCACAGGCAGAAAGCUCUCUCCACCUACGAGUCAGAGGAGAAGAGAGACAAUGGCGAGAAGGAGGGGGAGACUGUUCUACGAGAACGGUGGAACCACAAAGUGAAGGAGGUCCAGCCACCACCAGACAGCAUCGUGCUGGGCACAACCUCGCUGCCACCCAUGAAGCACCUGCCCCAGCAACCAGAGGAUGCCGACAACCAGAAGAACAUCAAGCUGGUGACGCUGCCCACGAGAGAUGCCGAGCACCCCGUCACCAUCAACAUCCCGGUUACCAUCACGGCACCACCUGGAGAGACGACACUGUUCCCAAUCAACAACGUCAGCGUUGAUUUGGAAAGUAUGAGUAAAGCGGAGGAGAAGAAGGCGGGGGACGCCGAUGAUUUGAUGAGGGACGGGCGGCGGCAGAUACCGCCCUUCAGUUCCAUGUUCAUCUUCAGCCCAACCAACCCUGUUCGCAGAGCAUGCCACUACGUUGUAAAUCUGCGCUACUUUGAGAUGUGCAUCCUGCUGGUGAUAACAAUGAGCAGCAUCGCAUUGGCAGCGGAGGACCCUGUACAGGCCGACUCACCCAGUAACAAUGUUCUGAAGUACCUGGACUAUGUGUUCACUGGGGUCUUUACCUUCGAAAUGGUGAUUAAGAUGAUUAAUUUAGGUCUGAUACUUCAUCCUGGCUCUUACUUUCGUGAUCUUUGGAACAUUCUGGACUUCAUUGUUGUCAGCGGAGCUCUCGUGGCCUUUGCCUUCACGAGUUUUCUCGGCGGAACCAAAGGGAAGGACCUCAACACCAUCAAGUCGCUGCGGGUACUCCGAGUCCUACGGCCACUGAAGACCAUCAAACGUCUGCCCAAGUUAAAGGCUGUCUUUGACUGUGUGGUUAACUCCCUGAAGAAUGUCCUGAACAUCCUCAUCGUUUAUAUGCUCUUCAUGUUCAUCUUUGCUGUCAUUGCCGUGCAGCUCUUCAAGGGUAAAUUCUUCUACUGCACUGACGAGUCCAAGGAUUUGGAAAAGGAUUGCAGGGGUCAAUAUCUCGUUUAUGACAACGAUGAUAUUGAGGCAGAACCUCGAGAAUGGAAGAAAUAUGAUUUCCACUACGAUAAUGUGCUGUGGGCCCUGCUAACACUAUUCACAGUGUCGACUGGCGAAGGGUGGCCAACGAUUUUAAAGCACUCUGUGGAUGCUACGGAUGAAGACCAGGGACCCAGCCCCAGCUAUCGCAUGGAAAUGUCCAUAUUUUAUGUUGUGUACUUUGUUGUGUUUCCAUUUUUCUUUGUGAAUAUUUUUGUUGCUCUGAUUAUCAUUACAUUCCAGGAACAGGGUGAUAAGGUGAUGUCUGAGUGCAGCCUGGAGAAAAAUGAGAGGGCGUGCAUUGAUUUUGCUAUAAGUGCCAGGCCGCUAACUCGGUACAUGCCACAGAACAAGCAAACUUUUCAGUACAAGAUGUGGAAAUUUGUGGUCUCUCCGCCUUUUGAAUAUUUCAUCAUGGCCAUGAUUGCGCUCAAUACCAUCGUGCUGAUGAUGAAGUUCUAUAAUGCUCCUGAACCAUAUGACAGAAUGCUGCUAUACCUGAACAUACUAUUCACAUUUCUGUUCUCCUUGGAGUGUGUGUUGAAGCUUAUUGCCUUUGGUAUUCUGAAUUACUUCCGUGAUGCAUGGAAUGUGUUUGACUUUAUAACUGUACUGGGAAGUAUAACUGAUAUUUUAGUCACUGAACUGGUGAAACUGCAUAACUUUAUCAAUCUCAGCUUUCUACGGUUAUUCAGAGCAGCACGACUCAUCAAGCUCCUCCGCCAGGGAUACACCAUCCGUAUUCUGCUCUGGACAUUUGUGCAAUCUUUUAAGGCAUUACCGUAUGUUUGUCUACUGAUUGCAAUGCUGUUUUUCAUCUAUGCUAUUAUUGGAAUGCAGGUAUUUGGCAACAUUGCGCUGGAUGAUGAUAGUGCAAUUAAUCGUCACAACAAUUUUAGGACCUUCCUACAAGCAGUAAUGCUUUUAUUCAGGAGUGCCACUGGUGAAGGCUGGCAAGAAAUAAUGCUGGCAUGUUUGAGUAAAAGCCCAUGUGAUCCUCGUUCGGGCAUAGACAGAGACGAGUGUGGAAGCGAUUUUGCCUAUUUCUACUUCGUGUCCUUCAUUUUCCUUUGUUCUUUCCUGAUGCUGAAUCUUUUUGUAGCUGUCAUUAUGGACAAUUUUGAAUAUUUAACCAGAGACUCUUCUAUCUUGGGACCUCAUCACUUGGAUGAGUUCAUCCGAGUCUGGGCUGAAUAUGAUCCAGGAGCCUGUGGCCGCAUCACUUACAAUGACAUGUAUGAGAUGCUGAGACACAUGUGUCCACCCUUAGGUCUGGGAAAGAAAUGUCCUGCCAGAGUCGCCUACAAGCGGCUUGUGAGAAUGAACAUGCCGAUAGCGGAAGAUGGCUCCGUGCAUUUCACAUCGACCCUGAUGGCAUUGAUUAGAACAGCCCUGGACGUCAAAAUUGCUGCAGGAGGAGCAUUCCAGCACCAAUGUGAUGCGGAGCUGAGGAAAGAAAUAAUUGUUGUCUGGCCAAACCUAUCCCAGAAGGUUCUGGACAUCCUGGUGCCUCCCCAUCGACCUACAGAGUUGACAGUGGGGAAAGUCUAUGCAGCGCUGAUGAUUUUUGAUUACUACAAACAGAACAAAAGUAAAAGAAUGCAGCAACAGCAGUCUGGCGGCUUGUCACAGACUCGAUCAUCGUUCUUUCAGCGUGUAGUGGGAGCCCUGACACCAACGCAAGAAGAACCCCCCACCUACAAUGACACGUCGCGACAAAAGAACUCGCACAACAAUGGCGGCAAUGCUCUAUACCAAGGCAGUGGACGAAAAGAAUCCUCGUCCUGGAGGAUCCGAGAGGCUUACGUUGAGGGUAAAAUGCAAAUGUCUGAGAGUGGUCAGGUUGAAGGGACUCCAGUCACCCAGACCAGCCCUCAGGCCGUGGAGAUGAGGGAGAUGGGCUAUGAUGUGAAUCAGGUGGAUCAGCCCAGCCUGGAUAGUCUCGGCCGCGCGGCAUCCAUGCCUCGACUCACGGCGGAGACCCCGAAAAUAUCACGAUCAUCUGGGAGUGUCCUUGCCCCGAUCCCAGACACAAGCCCCAUGAAGCGCUCCGUAUCUACGCUGACCCCACAGCGCUCUCGUGGGAUGCAUCUGCCCGAUUACUCCCUGGAGCGGGUUGUGCCAGUGCGAAUGCCACAUCACCACCACCACCACCAUCGCUGCCAUCGCAGGAGAGAGAAAAAGCAGCGAUCGCUCGAAAGAUCUCCCAGCAGAGAAGUUGACGGAGAAACAGGCCAACUGGAUGAGCUCAGUUCUGCAGCUCAGCCAAGGGACCAUUCGUCAAAGGAGCGCGAGCGGGGUAGGUCACAGGAGCGUAAACCUCCGUCCUCCACCGAGAAGCAGCGCUACUACUCCUGCGAUCGGUACGGCAGUCGGGAGCCCCCGCAGCCCACCUCUGCUGACCACAGCCGGUCGACAUCGCCGAGCGAUGGCCCAGAGCACAGGCUCCACAGACAGGGCAGUGGUUCGGUUAACGGCAGCCUCCUGCAGCUGGUGUCUGGCACCAGUACUCCGUGCCGCGGGCGCCGGCAGCUUCCCGCAACACCACUCACGCCGCGCCCCAACGUUACCUACAAGACUGCCAACUCAUCCCCGGCUCACUUCAACGCCUCGCCGCCCAGCCCCCCGGGCAGACUGAGCCGCGGGCGGUCGGAACACAACAACCUGCUGUGCGGUGAGUCGCUGGGCCACUGCCUCGCUGGCGGCGAGUGCAGGCAGCCGACGGUGACCCGCAUCAGCUCCGACCCUUCCCUGGGCCACCGCACCAGCAGCGAGGAGCAGCAACUUUUGGAGGAGACUCUGACCUUCGAGGUCGCCCUGGCCACUACCGCCGGCAGGUCCCCCAGGACAUCCUGCGUCUCGUCCUUCAUCCCUCAACCUCAGCAGAGCCGCCGGGUCCCGAACGGUUAUCAUUGCAACCUGGGAACGGGUGCCGGCGCGGCCGAGCGGAGAUUCUACCGUGAGACAGAUGAGGAGGACUGGUGCUAGUGUGCGGGCAGUUCAAGACUCUUACAGAUUAUGCAUUAACGUGAUGAGUUUUAUCAUCUGCAGGGUGUUCUGUCAGAGCUCAGAGAGAGAGAGAAGAGAGUGUGUGUGUGUAAGUGAGCGCGUUCAUAUGCAGUGUUUGUGGGGAUUUAGACACUGGAAAAUGGUUCCAGGGGAAAUCUGAGUUUUUUUUUCUAAAGUUGCUUCAACUUGUUUUUUGCACUGAAUUUGCAAGUGAAAACCGGUUUCACUUGAAGCGAAGAAAACACACACACACUCACACAAAACGGUUUCAUUCUAGAAAACGUGUUAUUUGUUUUUCUAUCUCUCCCUACAUUGGCUAUUUCAGAAAAAAAAA